UCAUAAUGCUUUUUCAUUGUGUUGUAGAUCGAGGAGUGAAUAAAAGAAGACGCAACGAUAACCGCCGGGAGUAUCCGUUGUCAUCUCUGCUUGAAUGCUACCAGUGUGUUCGUCACGAUGAGCACACAUGCUACGGAAACUCCGGGGUGCCGGUGCCUCCGUUUGGAUGCACCUUCUCCACAGCCCCUGGGCAGCACAAUACUUUGGCUGUGGCCAAUGAGGAAGGCACUGUAAGCAUCUACAACACUGCAGAAAAACAGAACCCAGUCCUGAAGGAGUGGUUGGCACAUGAUAAUGCAGUGUUUGAUAUUGCCUGGGUGCCCGGACUGAACAGCUUGGUCACAGCCUCUGGGGAUCAGACUGCUCGACUGUGGGAUGUGCACGCAGGGGAAUUAUUGGGCAGCUUCAGAGGUCAUCAAUGUAGCCUGAAGUCAGUGGCAUUUCCCAAGCAUGAGAAAGCUGUCUUCUGCACUGGAGGCAGAGAUGGGAACAUCAUGGUGUGGGACACCAGGUGCAGUAAGAAAGAUGGCUUCUAUAGGCAGGUGAAGCAAAUAAGUGGUGCUCACAUGAAGACCGAGAGGCACACGCCCCAGACAAAGAAGAGGCGCCCCCCAUCCAGAGGAAUGGCUCCUUCUGUGGAUUCUCAGAGAGGCGUGACGGUGGUUCUUUUCAGUGAUGAAAACACACUUGUUUCCUCUGGCGCUGUAGAUGGAACUAUUAAGAUGUGGGACCUGCGUAAAAGCUACACAGCGUACCACCAGAAUCCGUCUGCUCUCCGGACCUACGAGUAUCCAGGUUCCAGCUCGCGCAAGCUAGGGUAUUCUGGUCUCGCCCUGGAUUCCACAGGCUCCAGGCUGUUCUGCAACUGCACAGAUGACAACGUGUACAUGUUUGACAUUAGUGGACUGAAAGCAACACCAGUGGCUGUGUUUCGCGGGCACCGCAACGCCUCAUUCUAUGUGAAAUCCAGCAUCAGUCCGGAUGACCAGUUCCUGGCCAGUGGGUCCAGCGACGGACAUGCCUAUAUCUGGAAGAUCUCUGAGCCAGCACAAGCUCCUGUGAUGCUCCAGGGUCAUGACCAGGAAGUGACAUCAGUCAGUUGGUGCCCCACCGAUUUCACAAAGAUUGCCACCUGCUCAGAUGACAACACAGUCCGGAUCUGGCGACUUAACCGUGGCACUGAUGGAGAAAAGUCAUCUGUUGGAGAAGCCAACCUCGUUGGCUGGACGUUCCGCAAAAUACAAACGCCACCCCGUCCCGCUGGCCCUUUUCCUCAUGUGGAGCUAACUCCUGCUAGGAGUUCCAGGGCAGGGAGCGUGGACUCUUUGGCCUCCCCCCAGCCGGGAGCCUGCGCACCCAGUGGUGCAGAUCUACCUCACCCCUCGAGCACGAUUGCAGCUGCAGCUAAACUCAGCCCCCCCCACCCUAAAACGCCCCGCUCGAUCAGGCAGUGGCUCGCCUGCAGUGACCAGGCCACAUCCACUCUCCUUAAGGACACUGCUUCUCUGCGUAAGGUGCUCAGCCCUUGCUCGCAGAGCUCUGAGCACAAUUCGUCCUCGGAGAGGCGGGCCAAGCGGCGCCUGGAAACGGGUGAGGAAGGUUCCACAGCCCACUCAGGCCUCGGUAACGAGGACGAAGGCGUGACUGAGCUAUAUCCGGAUACUAAGAGGAGGCAGAGCUCUACAGGUACUUUCUGCCCCCUGACGGAGGGAGAAACAUCUCAGGGUUUCCAGCAUUGGGAAGAGAGACCUGCCUCAUCAGUCCAGGCUGACAAGGAGAACAGCUCACCGUCCAAAGCUGAUUGGCUGUCUGCAAUGGGCAGAAGGCUCAAGCAAGCCCACAGAGGGUCAGCCUUAUCGAAAAGCCCCAGCAGUAGGAAGAGACAAGAGGCCAGGUCCCAGUAUUCAUCUAUGCUAAGCUCUCUUCACUCUGUGAGGAAGAUGAACUCCUCGCAAGCUCAGAAGGUUACUUCUCCACAUUCUAUGAAAAAGAUUUCUUCUUACUUUCAUAAAAUGCUCCAAGAAUGAUCUUACUGUGAUGAAUCUGGGGAGAUCUAGGCCUCAAAUCUCACCAAAGCCUUGAGUUCCCUCUUUCCAUCGCAUAUGGGCUUUGAC